GAUGAUCAAUUUCUAUUGUAUGUUUCUCGAAGUUGACGAUGACUAUCAAAACGUCGCCGUCUUAAAUGUUUUUCGGUGUAAUUUGCAAUCUAACUCCUUGCGUUUCUAGUAUGUUAUUAUAAACAACUCAGUACUUGUGAAACCAAUCAAUCCGAACCAAUGUCUCAAUGCUUGGUAGCAGUUUCUCCACACUUAAGUUGAUGUGUUGCGUGUUUGGUAACAAAUCUACAGCAUCAUGAAUGACAUGAAACAAUAUUCCAACAUUAUAGAACCCAUGAAAUUAAAGACCUUCCUAUAUAUAUAGAGAGGACUCAACAGAAUCUAUAAAAAGAAUUAUUUUAUUCAGAGAUAUAAUUAAUACUCCAAUAACCUAUAACGUAUGCGCAGCUUCUAUAUUAGGUAAACCAGAAAGUUAAUAUGACAUGGUCUCUCUCCUCGAACAGGCGAUGUUGUCAUCAUUUUCCGGCCUACUCACUGAAUGCAUGGGUUUUGUUUUAAAAUCGAAAACUGUCGAGGUGCUAAUAAGAACAUAUAAAAAUACGAGGGCACUAAAUUGCAAAUUUUAAUUAAUUAUGAGUAUACUAUAUUCGUCUCUACAGAAAAUAUUGUACUCUUUAUAUUUCCGGAGAGAGAGAGAGAGAAGACGAAGAGAGCUGAAAUCGUUUUGAUCGGAGAUAAUCCUUGUGUGUGUGUCUUGAGCUAUAGCUUCUGCUCGAGAUCUGAUCUAGCUCCGGCUCCGCUCGGUAGCUACAGAGUGAAAGAGAGUUCUCCCACAAGGCUUUUUUAAAAUGGAAGACGAUGAUGGCUCUCCUUCUUCUCCCGAUUUGGAUGCACAGAGCCCUUACGAACGUUUGAUUGCUCUAACUCCAAGCUCCGCUGAUUCACAUUGUAACUUGGAUUCAGUUUCCGCUGUUUAUCUAGCGAUGAAGAGCUCGAAGCUGGAGUGCGUCGAAGAGCGUGGCCAAGAUUGCCUUAUCACCUCCGUAUGCAACGUGGAGGACGAAGAGGAGGAAGAGUUCGACGAGUUUGAUCCUUAUCUCUUCAUCAAGAACCUCCCCAACUUGUCCUCCGUUGUCCCUACUUUCAGACCCGUCUUGCUUCCUAAACAGACCCGAAGCUGCCCUCCCAUCUCCCUAGUCCUAGACCUCGAUGAAACUCUUGUGCACUCUAGUCUAGAACCGUGUGGUGAGGUGGAUUUCACAUUCACUGUACAUUUCAAUGAAGAGGAGCAUAUGGUUUAUGUGCGGUGCCGUCCUCACCUCAAAGAGUUUAUGGAGAGAGUGUCUCGUCUCUUUGAGGUUAUUAUAUUUACCGCUAGCCAAAGUAUCUACGCCGAGCAGCUUCUGAACGUGCUUGACCCUAAGAGGAAGCUUUUUCGCCAUAGAGUGUACCGUGACUCGUGUGUUUUCUUUGACGGUAACUACCUUAAGGAUUUGUCUGUCCUCGGACGUGAUUUGUCUCGUGUUAUCAUCGUCGAUAACUCCCCACAGGCGUUUGGGUUCCAAGUGGAGAAUGGGGUGCCAAUAGAGAGCUGGUUUGAUGACCCCUCAGAUAAAGAGCUCCUUCACUUGCUGCCGUUUCUAGAAAGCUUAAUAGGAGCCGAAGAUGUAAGGCCGAUGAUAGCCAAGAAAUUCAAUCUAAGGGAAAAGAUUGAUGCAGCUGUAGCUGCACCUGAGUAUCCUGCAGAGGCUGGAGAUCCUUUCGAAAGACAGAACAGAGCAAUGGAGUUCAGAAUCCGAUUAACCACAACAGUCACGUGGUGCCUUCUCAUCGCGUCAGCAUGUGUUCUAACCACAACAUCAGCAGCCCGGUUCGAAGUAAGAAACGAGAUCACAAAACACCAGGGACGAAACCGAAGCCUCACCGUCACCUGCUGGUCGACUACUAACAAAUUAGGCAAUCAAAAUCUCAAACCGGGCGAAUCCAGAAGCUGGUCCUUCAAGCCAGUGUACAUCAAAAUACCGUUCCUCUACACAUACUUUCAGUGCACCUUCUUCACCUCCUUUGGCUCGCCUAAUGGCCAGACCGCGACGGUUUUCGCAGGCGAGAGGAAGUUCAGCUGGCAGUGUGAUAAUCCGGAUGAGGAAGAGUGCAUUUGGGUGGUGAAGAGAGAAGGGUUAUAUCUUAGGAAGAUCUCAAGGGAUCAUAAAGGAGAAAGGCUUUAUGAAGAUGAAUUGAGACUGUCUUGGAUCGGUGGUACUAACUACUAUCCGGUUAAAUAGCAUCCCUAACCUUAUUUAAAAUCAAAUACAUGCAAUGCGUGGAACUAUCCUUAGUA